CUGGUCGCGCGACGUAAUAUUUUUAUAGUCACCGUCUCGCCGAAUGUCGUUGGAUCGCACGGCAAUAUCGCCAAUAUCGUUGAAGCGUUUCAACGUUUACCACUGUGUCGUUCUGAACGGGCUCAGACCUUUUUUUAGUAGUGCCGCGUUUUUUUUUUGUUCGUUUCUUCUUAGUUCUUGUCUUCUGUUCCUGGUUAUUCGUUGUUCGUUCCGCGCUCGGCACGUUUUCCUGAAAUCGGAAAACGUUCGCUGCGAUCUCAAUCCACAGUAUUCCGACAGACCCGUGACACGAGAAUCCACGAUGGCGAUGACGGAUGCGACGCACAAAAAUACCUAAUCAAAAGAUUAUGUGUAUUUAAUUCUUUUUUUCAAGAAGACUCAAUUUAACACAUCAUGACAUUAUCUGAUGGAAUAGAACGCUGGAAAACCAAAAAUUUUUAUUUGAGUAUGGUAAAGUACAUUAUUUGUAAUGUACUAAGAAUUUUGUUGUAUAUUGCGGCAUAUGUGAUGCGCAAGUGUAGUUCAUUGUUUGAAAGUUUAUCUGAUGAUCUUAAAGCAAUUGAAAAUGCAGAAGAUUCAGCUGAGAAAACUAUUAAAAAUAGGUGUGAUGCUUAUUGUUUAUCCAAUUACACCAAUAAAAGAGAAGAACUAAAAGAAGAAAAACAAAUUAUUAACAAUACUGUUAAUGAAGUAAUAGACAAACAGUCCAAUUAUGAUACCAACCACAUUAAUAAACAUGAAGAACUAAAAGAAGAAGAAAAAAAUAUUAACAAUACUGUUAAUAAAUUAAUAGACAAACAGUCCAAUUCUCAUACCAACCACAUCAAUAAACAUGAAGAACUAAAAGAAGAAGAAAAAAAUAUUAACAAUACUAUUAAUGAAUUAAUAGACAAACAGUCCAAUUCUCAUACCAACCAUAUCAAUAAAUAUGAAGAACUAAAAGAAGAAAAAAAAAUUAUUAACAAUACUAUUAAUGAAUUAAUAGACAAACAGUCCAAUUCUUAUACCAAUCACAUCAAUAAAAAUGAACAAAAAGAAGCAAAUAAUAUUGGUAAUGUUGUGAAUGAAUUAAUAGACAAUGUGGCUAUAGAUGAGAAUAAUGGUCAAUCUGUUUUUGAACAUAAUAUAGUUACAGAACAACAACUUUUAAAUGGAGUUGCUAAUAUUGUAAAUAGUACAUUAAACAAAGAAUCUGAUUCUCAAAUUUCUGAAGAAUCAAGAGAACAUUCUAAUUCUGAAGAAAUAGAAGAGAAAGUUGAAGAAAAAAAUAUUACUGGCAAUGUGAUUGAAUCCGCAAGAGUUAGAAAAAGAUUUGGUAUUAAAAAUACUGCAAUACUUUUAAUAACUAAAACAAUUAAGGAAAACAAUUUAAAAGACAAACGAUUUAGGAUGGAAAAUGAAUUGAAUAGAAACAAAAUGUUAAAUAAUGGAAAACCUUAUCGCGACAAAGAUGAAAUCCUUACAAGUAAAUCUGAUAGUUUUAAAAGAGAAAGAGAAUCAUCAUUAAAAAAUGAACCUGAGAAUACUGAUUGUUUAUUGAAAGUAGCUAACGAUAGCUGUAUUAAAGACAUCGCUAUUGUUAGCCCAUCCAAAUACAAAAAUGAUAGCAAAAACCUUGAUAUCCACAAAAGUAAAGAAUCAAUGGAAAAUGAAAGGAAAAUCAAUGGAAAUGAAAAAUGGGUCAUGAAAAAUAAUGUUGACCACGGGGUAAAUGAUGUUGGUAAUGAAAGUAAAAAACCGAUUACAAAAACUGAAAAUGCGUCUGUAGAAAAUAAUAAUGAACAUAUGAAAAACAUUAAUAGUGAUGAAAAUAAAAUACUGAUUACAAAUACUGAAAAUAUGAUUACAAAAGUUAAUGAUGUUCACUGGAAAAAUUUUGAUGAUUAUGAUUAUAGUAAACCAAAUACAGAGACCAAAAAUAUGAACACAACAAAUAAUGAUGAAUGCUGGGAUAAUUAUAAUGUAUCUAAAAACAAAGAACCAAUAACAAAGACUGCUGAAAAUAUGAUCAUAAAAAGUAAAGACGAAUCCCUAAGUAAUAAUGAAGGUCGUGAAAACAGAAAAUCAAUAACAAAGACUGAAAAUAUGACCACUAAAAAUAACAGUGAACCCAAGGAAAAUAACAAUAGUUAUGAACAUAAAAAAUCUAUUACAAAGACUGAAAAGAUGUUAAAUAUAUUUGAAGUGAAGGAUGAUAUCUUUGGUUUGCCUUCUAAAUUUUCUUUAGCACAUUGUGUUUGUGAAGAUUUUCAUAAUUCUUUUGGCACGACAGCUGAUUUUAAAUUUAAAUUUGGUAAUAUUGGUAAAUUAAUGGAUCUAAAUUUACGUGUGAGCGAUGUUGGUCAUAUUAUACAUAAAGAGCAACAUAUAUUUUAUUUGGUCGUAAAAAGAAAAAUGUCACAAAAACCUCUUUUAAGUAGCUUAGAAAUAGCAUUAUAUAAUUUACGUAAGCAAAUGAAUGAUUGUAAAUUAACAAAACUUGCAAUCUCAAAAUAUGGAUUUGAAGAAUUCAAUCUGAUGGAUGUGAAGGCACUAAUUUCAAAAAUAUUUGCAUUAUCUAAUAUUGAAAUCACUAUAUGCUUGAAAUCAUCAAAAUUAGAAACAGAACAUAUUAAUCCACCAAAAAUAAAUUUUACUUCUAAACAAUUGUGGGAAAUGGAGAAACAAACUGAUUUAAUAAUAUUUAUAAAUAUUAAUGCAGUGUAUUUAGAUGAUUGGAAUGAUAAAGUUGUUGAAUAUAUCAAUGCCAAAUAUCCAUUUAAAGAGAGAUUAUUACAAGAUAUUAAUGUUAAACCAGUGACUGCUGGUGAUGUACUAUUAUAUAAAAUUGAUACUGAAGUAUUAUUUUGUAUAUUCAUUCAAUCUAUCGAUCAACAUCCAUCAUAUUGUAAAUCUCUUGAAGACGCUUUUCAAGAGAUGAAAUCACAAUUAACUGGUUAUAGAUAUUUGGCAAUUCAACAAGAUCCAUUAAAUCAUAAGACUAACAUGCAUCAUUUUGCACGCAAUUUGGCUAUGCUGAAAUCAGUUUUUAGUAAUCGGAAUGCUGAAAUUUGGAUUUGUGGUGAUACUGAACAACAUAAUACUCUUCAAUAUCAACAAUAUAAAAAAAUUGUUACUGACGCCAUUGAUGUGGGCCAUAAACGACAUUCAAAAACAAGUUCUAGGUCUAGAAAUAAAUUAGAUAGAAAGAGACAUAGUAUAAAUAGUAAUAAUAGUAAUACCAGUAAACAUGAUUCAGAAGAAAACCAUUACUGUAAAAACACACCGGAUGUAAACGCUGUUAAAUAUUUAAAUCAAGAAGAAAUAUCUAGUAAUAAUUACAUAACAGAAAAUUGGGACAACUGAUAAUUUUACAUUUAUUAUUUUAUAGUCUUCGUUUUAUUAAUAAUUAAUAUUUUGUUAUAUUAAUUUAUUUUUACUGAUAUUACUCUUAUGAGUAUUGAAUUAACAGAAAGUUUGGUUUGUUGUUUCAUGAUAAAACUAGAUAAAUUAAAAGAAAAAAAAUGUAACAAUACAUAGUUUUUAGUGAUUUUUCUGAAGUCAAACAUAAAUUAUUAAUGCAUUAAAUUCAUUUUACACAUAGGUAUAUACAUAUUUUAUUUUAUUUUUUUUUUUAUUGAAAAUAAAAUUGUUGUUAUUUGUAAACUUAUUUCUUUAGGUUAACUGAUUUCUGUUUACAAUUUUUCCAGUUAUUUUUAAAUAUUGG